AGGACAGAUCUAAGAAAUGGAAGAAGAGUUGGGAAACUUAAGGAAGGUAUGGAUCUAUGCCUUGAUAUCCAUCUCUUACUGUUAUUUCAUAUCAUCUAGAAUCUCUAAAGGUGUUUUUCGUCUCAUCUCUAUAAUUCCAGUAUGCAUUCUGUUUCUUGUUCUUCCUCUGUUCCUCUCUUCUUUCCACUUUAUCGGCAGUUCAACUCUUUUCCUCUCAUGGCUAGCAAAUUUCAAUCUUCUUCUCUUUGCUUUUGAUCAAGGACCUUUAUGUCCACUUCCCUCAAAUCUAUGCCGUUUCUUCUGCUUUGCUUGUUUCCCCAUAAAAGUCAGACAAGAUCCUUCUCAAAAUGCCAUCCCAAGUCGUUAUUGUAAUAAUGAGCCAAUGCCUAAAUGGGUUUUGGCUGUCAAGGUUUUGGUCUUUGGCCUCGUGUUACAUAUCUAUGAAUACAAGGACGUUUUGCCUUGGUUUGUUGUUUUGGCUCUAUAUUGUCUCCAUAUUUACCUUGAGGUGGAACUUGUUUUGGUGUUUGUCGGGGCAGUUGUAUCUACUUUCCUCGGCUGUGACAUUGAGCCGGUUUUCAACGAGCCAUACCUAGCCACCUCUCUACAGGACUUCUGGAGCCGCAGAUGGAACCUUAUGGUUUCAGCUGUCUUACGCUCAGCCGUUCACAUUCCGGUUCAGCGUUUUUUCACACGCUUAUUCAGUCCAAACACAGCCGUGCUUGUCGGGGUCAUGGCCUCGUUUCUUGUCUCCGGACUGAUGCAUGAGUUGAUCUACUUUUACGCCAUCCGUCUGCCUCCAACUUGGGAGGUAACUUGUUUCUUUAUGUUGCACGGUGUUGCCACUACUACAGAGAUAGCGGUGAAGAGAAAAAUUCGGUGGAGACCACCGUACCGGGUUGUUUCGGGUCUCGCGGUUAUGGCGUUUGUGAGCGUGACAGGCGUUUGGCUCUUCCUUCCUCAACUGCUGCGGAACAAUGUUCAUGAGAGAGCAACUAGUGAAUGUUUGUUGGUUAUUGAAUUUGUCAAGCGCAAGUUGUUCAUUUCUUCUUCAUGAUCCUUUGUUGUUUUUUUUUUUUUUUCAUAUACAAGGACUAUUCAAUUUUUGAAAACGUACUUGGAAGUGUGAGACACGUUGUGCAGUUCAG